GAGCAAGCGAGUAUUAGUCGGAGUUUUGGCAGCAAUAUUCAUCCGUCUAGCCAGUCAAGGAAAAUUUCUAUAGGAAUUAUGGCAGAUUCAAAAGCGAGCACAAGAUGUGGAGCCACGAAAGGGGACGGGGCUGUCAUUCCUAAUACAGAAAGGGUAAUCUCUAAUGUGGGAAAUUUCAUUGGAGAAAAAAGCAAAGUUGAAGGAGUGACAACUUCCUUUAAUACAAAGCAAAUUGAGGGUCCAGAAGCGGUGAAGUUUUCUUGGACCUCAAAAUCCGUUUACAAAAGAACACCUACUUCUGAGACCAUUCUUCAAGCCAACCAAGCCUCUACUUUCCUAGUCUCUCCAGGGGGCCCGGAUAAUCCGGAUGGAAUAGAGUGUGCAGCUGGGAAAAAUUCAGUUCAGCUUGUCUCAUAUCAGACUUCAAAUUUUCCUUCGAAUAAUUACAAGAAAUUUGAUGGGGAAACUAGCAAAAGGAAGGGAAGAAAGGAUGGGACCACUGAAAGGGUAGAGGAAUUUACAUUUAUCACUGCACCAGAAGUCUUCGAGUCUGAUAAAACCAAGCCAGAAGACAAAAUAAAUAGAACAGAGAAUAGAACUGAAAGUUUGAGGAUGAAGCUUCGCCAAAUAUUGGGGACCACUUCUUCCCCUAAGACUCAGCAUUCAGGUUCUCACGCUCGUAACAUGGAUGAUGAAAGUUUGCCGCUUGAACAGAAUUUGAACCAUGAGGAAAAUAAAUUUGUUAAGACCAGACAAAAUUCUGAUUCUAUAGAAUCUGAUUCAGAACAUCCUGAUCAUACACUUAAGAGGCCAGUAACUCGUUCUUGGAGCAGAAAGAAAGUGUCUUCCAAAAAUCAACCAGGAAAAGGUAAAAGUGUCCCAUCUUCAAAAGACACAGAGAAGCAUCGAGAAAAAAGUAUAUUCUCUUUUGAAGGUAAAAGGACUGGGAUGCGAGAUGGUUUUCCAAAUGAUGGUUCCUCAUUGUCUUUGAAGAAAAAUAAUCAGGCAAAGAAUUCCAGAAUUGGGCCACAUAAGAUCUGCUUCACUGAAAAUUAUACUGCAGAUAAACUUCAUCAAGACACUUCGAAGACGGAUCCACCACCGCUUGAUGGGGCAACAUCUUCACUUGGGAAUAAACUGGGAGGAUUUUUUGGUCGCUUACCUGAUCAUCAGACAAAAUGCCCUCAGACACGGAAAAUGAACCAAGAAAAAGAAUUUAACCUGCCACCAACUGUAAACAAUACAGAUCAGCAUGGAGAACUUGAGGUUUCAGAGAGUGGAAACCAGCAAGAAAAUAGAAGUAGUCCAGUUAUACAGACUGUUGCUAAUUCACAAGAUAAUUUUCAGAGUCCUACGUUUCAACUUAAUACACCUAUUUUAAGUUCUUCUCCUAGCUCAACACCAAAAAUAGACCAAAAGGAAAAUGAUGUUAGUAGUCCAGCAUCAACUGAAAAAAGAUUUUCUCUGAGAAACAUUUGUAAUUUAAGGACUUUCCAGGCUUUGGAGUCAGACUUCAACGGGCUAAGGGAACAAAGGCAAUCUUCUGAUAUGGAGGAGCUCAAGCGUUCUAUUCCCAGAAACGACAAAUCUUUUGAGAAUGAGAAAAGAGAGCAGGAUUGCUCAUCCGCUUCAUCAUCUGAAGAGAGGAACACUCCAGUAUCUCAUGAAGGUCCAAAAGUAAGACAUACUGCUGAGAGGAAAAGUUUUACGCUUCAUCCAAUCAAAAGGCUGUGCAAGCAUGAAGGCAUUAAAUUUAACGAUAGCAGUCCAGCUUCAGUGUCUUCAAAAGGAGAAAGUGAUUGGAUCGAUGAAGCUUCUGAGCAGAAUCAAGAUGGAUUUGCAAGGGCUGUUGAACUGUUAGCCUUGGAAUUGGGCAAACUUAAGAGCAAACUUAAGUCGAUGAUGAGUCAGAAAUCCGCAGAAAUUUUGAAGUCUGUUGCUGAAGAGAUACGUCUGCAGCUGCAGAAUGUUCAUUCUCAGAUUCAAACAGACAUAGGGAAGCUUACAAAUCUCAAUAAAUCAAAGAGAAAACGGCUAGAAUCAAGAUUUGAAGACCAGCAGAAACAGUUGAGCUUAAUAUAUGAUAGAUUCAAGGAAGAGGUUAAUCUGCAUCUACAGGAUUGCAGAAGUACUGUUGAAGGUCUUGAGGCAGAGCAGAAGGAGAUCAAGGGAGCCCUGGAAAAGCAAAGGGUAGCACAUAAGAAGCUUCUAUCGCAAGUUGAAGACGCAGUGGAGGUCCAAUUCAAUGACGCUCAAAGGAAAAUAACAGCCACCCAGGAGAUGGCAAGGGGAAAACUGCAGCAAUUGAAUCGUGUUAUAGCUAUGUGCUUGAAAGAGGGUAUUCUAAAUUGA